CACGCAUUCGCACGCUUCUCUGACAGCUGACUAUGACCUCUUCUGCCCCACAGACUAACAGAUUCAACCACACAUACACACCCUGGCACAUGCAUUCAAGUGUUUUUUGCUCCAGUUGCCUUCUUUAAUGAUUUCAACAUGAGCCUGCCAAUAUUUUUUAUUUUAGCAGUGCUUUUGAAUUUUGCUUUCUGCAGGGACAUGCAAGAUUCAGAUUCGGAGACCAGAGACUUGGUUCUUGACCAAACUGUGACAGGGAUUUUGGGGGAGGAGGUCUACUUGCGUUGUCUGUACACUGGACAAAGUGAAAUCUCGUUCUCCUCCUGGAACCGUUUCGAUUCUACAAAAAAGGCAAAGAAAAUGGCAGGCUACAAAGCAGGUGGCAAUUCUUUCAAAAGAGAAAACUUUGACGUCCCAGCAUCAAGUACAAACCUUACUGUAAAGGUGAACGUGACAAGUUUUGAUCAAGAGGGAGAGUACACAUGUGUCUUCGACUCUGAUGAGCAUGAAAUAAAGGACACCGUGUUUCUUAGUGUUGUUGCUCGGCCUGAUGUUGACAUAACUCUGAAUAAGGAAGUUGUGAAUACAACUCUAUACCAUGCUGUCACUUGCUCUGCCUUUGGUGCCAAGCCUGAGGCUGUGAUUAGAUGGGAAAUCUCUGGUGCCCUUCCAAGAGACGACAUCUUCUCUGUGAACAUGACUAAUCCGGUUCAUCCCAAUGGCACAACCAGUUCAAUCAGUGUACUUCGCUUCCCCCUAAUUAUGAAUAAUGAGAGCACUGUUACCUGUGUGGUUGAGCAUCCAGCUUUUACUGAACCCAAAAGAGCCAACAUAGAGGUGGAUACAUUUGUUUCUCCGUGUAUAAGCAUGGAGACUGUCUUGGUCCAAGAAGAAGGAGAAGACUUUCAAGAGGUCACCUGUAUAGCAUCAGGAGGGAGGCCACAUCCAAAUAUCACAUGGAUACUGCCUGAAUUUAAAGACACACCACCUUUACAGAGAAAUGUCUCUAAAGCAGAUUCAGUUGUCAGUUCGUAUCGGUUCCCUUCAGAUCCUUAUGAAGGAAAAAAUAUCUCCUGUGUCUUUAGCUACACAUUUUUCCCAUUCAUGGAAACAAGAACAAGCACUUUGCCAAUUUACUAUCUUUCCUCACUUCGGCUGAAGGAACUUGAUUAUGCCAUUAACAGUGAGAAUCAGACUUCACUGGCGUUUGUGGAGGGCGACACGGACAUUACAAUCAGGAUGGAUGUUAUGGGCAAUGUACCAAGUUAUAAAAUUAAAUGUUCCAGGGAAGGCCAACCACUACCUGAGGAUGUGGAUGUGGUUGGCAACGAUCUUUUUAUCAGAGGACCUGUUGAGCUGCACCAUGUUGGACAAUAUCUCUGUCAGGCAUCUUACCGUAGACAUCAAGUUUCCCUACAGUUCACAAUUGAAAUAAAUCCAAAAGUCCUACUGCCAGUGACAUUUCCCCCAAAUGUCAGUGUGAAUUUAGUAGAGAAUUCAGACUACAUUCACAUUGAGUGUUUGGCCUCCAAUGCUGUUCCCGCUGCAAAUGUGUCCUGGGUUCUUCCACAAGAGAUUAAUAGUACAAUUCACUCUAAUGCCACUCACUAUAAUGGAUCUUAUUCUGUCAGAAGCAUGUUGACUGUGCCUAGCUGCAUGACCCGCAAAUAUGUUAUUGAGUGUGUAGUCGACCAUCCUGACUUCACUGAGGAAGAGAAGCAUCAGAUUGCUCUACCUGUGUGCGCACCACCCAAUAUAACCCUGCAAUCUAGUGUUGAAUGGGACGGUGGCAUUGCAUACGCAAGGCUGGUGUGUUCAGUGCAGAGCCAGACCCCAGCAGCGGCCAUCACCUAUACUGUAGAGCGCCAUGGCAUUGAUGUUAGUUUUAGUGAAUUUGUAAUGACUCAACUUGAGUUUCAGCAGAGUCAUGUGGUUGUCGCUCGGAGCGUGGCACGUAUUCCUAUUUACUCACAUGCCGGAUGCACCGUGACCUGUGUGGUUGAGCAUAGAGGGUUAGAGAAACCAGAGAACAAGAGCAUUGUCCUCCCAUCCUUAGGGCUGUCUAAAAGCCGUGUGUUUCUGAAAAACAAGACAUACACUGAUAUUUGGCAUGCUGUGUGUGAGUACAGCAGCGAUGGCGUGAAACCCAACAUCUCCUGGGUCCUUCCUGAUGCUAAUGCAACUCAAGUGACUACUGAGUUCAAAUAUGGUGUAAUUAAAGUAGAAGUCAACUCAACUCUUGAAUUUCAACUUAGUCAGUAUGAAGGGAAAGAUUUGAUAUGUCUGAUCCAGAACAAUCUCGGCAUCGAUGACAAACGGACGAUGCGUGUUCCAAAAUACUCUAUCUUAUCUAUUGAGGUUUUAAACAAAACCACACUUGAUCGUAGAAGUCAUGGCCAGAAUGAGCACCGAUUAGCACUGCAAGAAAACCUCUCCAAUCAGAAGAUACUUCUCAGAGUCCACGGCAAUGCGCCAUCAUACAAGACAACAUGUUACAGGCAGGACGGGUCAGCAGCUGAAACAGAGGACAUGGCAUUAGUUUUUAGAGAACCAGUGUCUGAACAGGAUGCAGGACUGUACAUAUGCCACAUCUCGUACCACCACCACAUGGCUAAAGUUUUCAUUCGGGUGGAUGUAACUAGUGAAGAGACUCAACACAUGAUAUUCAUCAUUAUUUGCUUCUCGUCUGCCGCUGCAGUCACCCUCAUCCUGAUUAUCGUUUUGGUUGUCCUCUGUAAAAGUGGGAGAAGUCACACAUCACAAAAGAAAAACAGAAAAGAGCGUGAAUCUCUAGCUGCUCUAAUGCAGGAUCCUCGCUGCCCAGAAAGGAUGGCGAUUCCAGGCACGGCUGGGCCGCACUAUGCUGAGCUUAAUGUGCACUAUUCCAUUGUUUUUGAUGCUAAAAGCACCGUGUGACACACCUGUUGAAUUUUACGACGUAAUACAUCUGUUUUUGCACAUACUUGUGGAGUUCAUGGCAGUUUGAGUGCAUUAAAAAGGGGGAUAUGCUUAAUAAAAUCAUUCAUUUUCAGGAUGAAAAUGUAAUUUGUGAUGAAAAAAGAAUAUGAAAAAUGGCUAAAAGUUUACUCAAACUCAAGCCAUCUAAGACUGAUUAGAUCUGAACAGAUUUGGUGAAAUGUAGCUUUACACUUGAUCACCAAUGGAUCCUCUGCAGUGAAUGGGUGCCGUCAGAAUGACAGCCCAAACAGCCAAUAAAAACAAAAUAAUCCACAAUCCACACCACUCCAGUCAAUCUAUUAACAUACUGUACUUUCUCCAAAAAUGUGUCCAAAUCCAUGAACUUCUCCAAAUCUGUUCUGAUUUAGAAACAAACCCAUUUACACCUUUAACUAUUCCUUUAAUAUGAAUAUUUCACUAGUGAUCUCAUGGGUUUAAGACCCCACUGUAUAUACACAUUGCAGUUGUUCUUUUUUCUGAAUUACAAAUGCCUACUGUAAGGGAAUCCAUUUAAGUAGCUUGGCAUUCAUUUCAGCAUUAUGAUUCACUGUGGCAAUUAAGUAGCAUCGUUUUAUAAAUCUUAUGAGCACAUUUUAAAUGUUUUCUUACCUUUUUUGAUUGUUAUUUUGUUCUGAUUUACAGAGAUACUUUAAAAGUCCGCGCUCGGUUGGUGUCUUCUCGUUUUCAUUCCGUUUCAAUGUGUAGCGCUGUAGCGCCCUCUGUUGAUGUCAUGCAUUCUAUAGUGGGACGGAUCUGGGCCUUGUGAAUCAAGCCUGAUAUUUUGGUUAUAAGAUUGUACUACCUUCAUAGUCUCUGUUUAAAUGACGACUGGUCUUCCUCUGUGUUGCUGUAAGGUGUUUAUGCAUUUCCAGAGUAAAUAAUAUCACUGUGACACUUAUAAAAA